AAGGAGGGAAGGGAGAUCCACAGAGACAUUGUUCAUUUCCAUCCCAGACAGCAGGCAGUGAUUAAAUAUGCCACUUCUGCUCCACUAAUUCAUUCACUUUGAAAUUCUGCUGCCGAGCACAGUGCAUCUUUUUCUGUUAAAGGGCCACAUUGUUUUCACAGGACUUUGGCCUCAUUAGCAGGACUAGAUGCUCGGUGUGGGGGAAGGGAAACCGGCCACAGAGACAUUGUGUCUUUCUGUCCAUAAUGAUGUGACACAGUCAAUUUGGAGAUGCUUGUGUUGAUCGGGGGUGUCGGCAAAACAUUUGGCAGUUUCUUUCUCUUCUUAUGUGUCCUUCAUAAUGCCAUUGUCCAUGUAUAUGUCUUACCUAAGUCCUCCCUGCCAAAAUAGACAAUGUAUUUAAAGACAAGUCUCACAAUUUUGUCUUAACUUUCUGUGAAGACGAGAUCAGCUGUCCAUCGUGCAACUUCACCAAAGUAUGGAAAAACCUGUUGCCUUCUGUCCAUCUCAGGAUUCCCUAAUGCAUCCAUACCCGGGAUGAAGGCGCUGCGGCAUCGACUACGUGAGUAUUAAGAACUGAGAGAGCCUCCGGGCUCACGUAGCCUGGGCUAAAGGCUUAUCAGAGGCUAAGCCAGAGGGGGGAAAAAAAACAGCAAAGCUAGUCUCAGUCGACCAGAGGUACGGGCACAAGGCCAUCUGUCCAUUCUCUGAAUACAACUGACAACAAAGGAGGGCAACUCCGCACUCAGGGAAUCAUACACACUCUGAAGCCUCAAACGUUAACUCAUCCUGGAUUGACUAGGCAAGAGGAGUUGGUGAAGAAAGUAAGUGGCAUCUUUGAGCUGUCUCAACCUCCAUCACUUCUCAGUUCACAUCUCUUUAGCAAGUUCCUCUGCUGCUGGAGUGUCAUGGAAAAAGGGACCACUUUUCAUUUAACAGCUUAUAGACAGUCUGUUUGAAGCAUCUAGACCCAAGAGAAGAAUGAAUAUGAAUGAGAAGGAGGGUGGAGUAUGUGAGGGGGGGCUAAAUGUCACCCUCACCAUCCGCCUACUAAUGCAUGGCAAGGAAGUUGGAAGUAUCAUUGGGAAGAAAGGAGAGACUGUGAAAAAAAUGAGAGAGGAGAGUGGAGCCCGGAUUAAUAUAUCUGACGGUUCCAGUCCAGAGCGCAUUGUCACCAUUACCGGACCAUCUGAGGUCAUCUUCAAAGCCUUCGCCAUGAUCGCAGAGAAGUUUGAAGAGGAUAUCCUGGCAUCCAUGAUAAACAGCACGGUGACAAGCAGGCCUCCUGUGACACUGCGUCUCGUCUUCCCCGCCAGUCAGUGCGGUUCGCUCAUUGGCAAAGGAGGCUCGAAGAUCAAAGAGAUCAGAGAGAGCACAGGUGCCCAGGUCCAGGUGGCAGGAGACCUACUACCUGACUCGACGGAGAGAGCCGUGACCAUCUCAGGCACCCCCCACGCCAUCACACAAUGUGUGAAACACAUCUGCACCGUCAUGCUAGAGUCGCCACCUAAAGGAGCCACCAUUCCGUACCGACCCAAACCCGCCGCGGGUGGCAGCCACACAGUGUUGUCUCAACCGCAUACUGCAUCGGCAUUUGCUAUUCCAGGACAGUUUGCCAUUCCACCCCAAGACUUGACCAAGCUUCACCAGUUGGCUAUGCAGCAUAUCCCCCUUACCUCCCUUGGGCAGAGCAACCCCACCUUCCCUGGUUUGGAGGCCUCCAUCGCAACCAGUUCUUAUGAGCUGAGCAUACCUAAUGAUCUCAUAGGCUGCAUCAUUGGCAGACAGGGCAGUAAGAUCAAUGAGAUUCGCCAGAUGUCUGGUGCCCAGAUCAAAAUUGCCGGGGCCACAGACGGUUCGGCAGUGCGCCACGUCACCAUCACAGGCUCCCCAGCCAACAUCAGCGUGGCUCAGUACCUCAUCAGUGCGAGUUUAGAGAUGGCUAAACUGAGCAUCCAGGCUGCGUCAUCCUCCUCUUCCAGCACGUCUAUCGACCUCAGCCUGGGCUUCUCCCAGUCCGCCCCUUCCGUCUCCACCGCCUCUUCCAUGGCCGUCCUAGCUGCUCCCCCCUCUACUAUUAACGUCCACUCCCCCCAGUCUGUCCCCUCCAUCCCCAGUGCCCACUACGCAUUGCCAGUUUCCAGCCUGCUUGGCAUGAAAACCGUCCCUCUGCUGGCAGUGCACACAGCCACCUCCGCAGGCCUCCCGGCCGGCCUCACACCCUACACCGCAAAGAUCCCCACCUCGUCCAGCAUCAAAAAAUCAGAGCGGCAGAAGUUUGCCCCAUACUGAGACCACGGCCGUGGUUGUUAACUCAUCAGUAAUGUUUUAUUUGUUUAUUAUUCAUUCAAGUAGACUGAAAGUGUUUCUCCCCGCCCCCUAUUUUUUAAAUGAUUCUGUGCAAUAUUUCACCAGCAAGAAAUAGUGAGUGCAUGACAAGAUUAAUCGCUUCCUAUAUUGUCUUCCAUUUUGUGUGGCGUUUCAUUCGGAAGUGUUUGAGAUAUUCAUCUCGCACCAUAUAAUUUAUCUGACACUGGACCUGUUUUUUGUUUUAAGAAAGCCAAAGCAAGCAAGAACUUGAUUUAUUGGUACUAUGCAGCUCACAGUGUUGUGUGUGUGUGUUUUUAUAUUUAAUAUAUAUCUUGGUGUGAUCUUUAAUGUGCUGAUUAGAAUGGCUGUCAUCUUUGUUACUGUAAUAUACACAAUAUACAAAGUCAUUUAAAAGACAGUGUGAUGCUCUGCCUCUCAUACUGAUUUUGUUAUUCAGAUUUUGACCUACUUUAUUAAUAUAGCAUUUUAUUAGAACAUAUUUUUUGCAAACACCCUUUUUAAUUAAUACUGCAGAGACACAAAGGCACAUCCUAUUGUCAGGGGGUCAGAGAAGGGGACAACUAAGAAAAUUGUCCUGGGCCCUGUAAUAAGAGGCCUGCUAAGGUCCUUUUAAUCGACAACAUGACAAUCUCUAUGCGAGUGACCUUCAUACUAAAAUAAAUUAAGUAGCUCUAUAUUUUCAUGUGUUAAGCUUAUUUAAGCUGUGUGAAAAUAAAUUAAAUAAUUGGCUUUUAUAUUGUCACUAUUAACAGCAAAAAUCUGCAAUAUAAAUAUCUGCUAUAUCUGUUUAAUUUGUAUUAGAAACGCAGUGAAUGUUUUUUUUUUACCAACUAUUUUAGUGUCGUUAGAUGUAUAAAGCUGAGAAACACUUUAAUUCAAAUCCAUUUUCUCAAUAAAUAUUGUUACAACUCCAAAUAAAAACAUUUAUUUAACAUCUUAAGUUAACAUGUUUACUUUAGUAGUGCUUACCAUAUAAAAGUUUUGGGUUUGUAAGAUUUACUUUUUUUAAAACAAAUGUAUACUUUUAUUUAGCACAGAUGCAUUAAAUUGAUCAAAAAUGGCACUAAAACAUUUAUAAUGUUACAAAAUGAUUCUAUUUCGAAUAAAAACUGUUCUUUUGAAUUUUCAGUAACACUUUACAAUAAAGUUAAUUAGUUAACAUUAGUUAACUACAUCAGUUAACAUGAACUAAGAAUGAACAAUACCUCAUACAAUACAGCAUUUAAUAAUCUUAAUGUUAAUUUUAGCAUUUAUUGACAUGUUAAAAGUUGUGUUUGUUAACAUUUGUUAAAGCACUGUGAAUUAACAUGAACAAACAAUAAACAACUGUUUUUUUUUUUAAAACUAACUUUAACAAAGAUUAUUAAAUAGAAAUCAACACUGGACCACAAAACCAGUCUUAAGUAGCAUGUGUACAUUUGUAGCAAUAGCUAAAAAGACAUUGUAUGGGUCAAAAUGAUAAUUUUUAUGCCAUAAAUCAUUAGAAUAUAAAGUAAAGAUCAUGUUCUAUGAUAUUUUGUAAAUUUCCUACCAUAAAUAUAUCAAAACUUAAUUUCUGAUUAGUAAUAUGCAUUGCUAAGAACUUAAUUUGGGCAACUUUAAAGGUGAUUUUCUCAAUAAUUUGAUUUUUUUGCACCCUCAGAUUCCAGAUUUUUUUUUUUAAAUAGCAAAUAGUUGUAUCUUGGCCAAACAUUCCAAAUAUUCUAUUCUAAAUAUUCUAACAAACCAUACACUGUAAAAAAAACAAUUUGUUGAGUCAACUUAAAAUAAUUUGUAACCUGGCUGCCUUAAAAUUUUAAGUUCUGUCAACUCAACUUAUUCAACUUGAAAUGUUAAAUUAUACUAAGUGACAACUUAGAUAUUUGAGUUGAAUCAACUUAAAAUUAAGGCAGCUGGGAUACUUACCCAUCUGUUAAGUUUAGCAGACACAAAUAUCUAAGUUGUUACUUAGUACAACUUAACAUUUCAAGUUGACUAAACUUAUAUUAGUUGACUGAACUUAAAAUUUUAAGGCAGCAGAGUAACAAAUUAUUUUAAGAUGACUCAACAAAUUUUGUUUUUUUAUUUUUUACAGUGUACAUCAAUGGAAAGCUUAUUUAUUCAGCUUUCAGAUGAUGUCAGAUGAUUAAAAUCUCAAUUUCAAAAACUGUCCCUUAUGACUGGUUUUGUGAUCAAAGGUCACAAAUGUAUUGUUCAUAGUUAUUAUUUCAUGUUAGUAAAUACAUUAACUAAUGUUAACAAAUGACACUUUAUUGUAAAGCGAUACCAAACUUUCUAGUCAUUGAAGAUUUCUUAAAAAAAGAAACAUUUUUUUUUAAAUAAUAUUACAGCUUAUACUGCAUUUUUGAUCAAAUAAAUGCAGUCUUAGCAAACAUAAGUGUUACAAGACAAACAACCCUCCAUACUUUUUAAUGGCAGUGUAUGUGUUUUAAAUCUUUUUUGUUUUUUCUCUCUAAUUUCUGUGGGCCACUAGCACUCACUCGCAGCCUGUGGGGGUUCCAGGUCAUUGGUUUGAAAACCCCUAGUAGAGCCAACACUUUGUGUUUGUAAAAUGUUAUGUUUUUGUUCCCUCAGCUAAGAUAACUGAUGACACUAUGACACUGUGACACAGCAGACCCGUACUUCUCAUGCCCAGCAGGGCUAAUUAUCAGAAGUAUAACUGUUUUCAACAAUAAUUUGAUCUGUUCUUCUGUAUCUGAUUGUGUGUUUUCCUCCUAGGCUGUCCUCAGUGAUAGCAAGUCUGAGGCCACUGUAGUGCAACAUUUACAGCUCUUAUCAUUAAUCUGUGAUUGGAUUACCCUAAAGCCAUAGUGGACUCUUACGGACUCAAGAAAUCCUGGCUACAUGAUGAAAACUGUUUUGUAACUUAAACAGACGCGCUGUAACUGUAGUUUUUUUUUUAACUGUGUCAACCGUUUAAUGUAUUUGUGUUUUUAGAUCUUUUUUUGAAAUUCUGUACACAUUUUGCAAUUAAUGUAUGACAAAUCAAU